AUGGCUGAGGAGGAAGUCAGGGCAGGAGGUGGAGUGUCCCGUCUGCGAACACACGGACCCGCUCCUAGACUGCAGCGGUGAUAAUAACAGUGAGGAGCCGGCCCGGGAGAUGAGCACCGGCCACCGGCACAGGUAAAGAUCAGUUGCAAGUUGCUGAGCACCAUCCGUUUAGGCAGCAAUGGAAUUGGACAAGCCAUCCGUUUGGGGUUCUUUGAAGGACAAGACCCGUCCUUUGUUUCAGAACUUUGCAAUUAAGAAGUCAAAGAAAAGUUCACAGAAAAUCUUAGAUAUCAGGAAAAGGCACCAUCUCUCUCAUCGGAUGAGUGUUUCUGUGCCUGAUAUGAUGGACAUUGGAUAUACUAUUCACGAAGAAUGUGACUACACAGACUGUACCAUUGAUUCCUCCUCGCUUUCCGGUAGCCAUUCAUCUACCAUGGUGUCGCACAGGAAGCAGAGCGAGUAUGUUAGACAUCUGCAAGAGAGCAGUAGCUGGAUGCACGACGAUAGGGUCCACAUGGAAAUCACCGUUACAGAGACAGAAGUUGUGGAGACCUCUGCUUCAGAAACCAAGGAAGAAGAGCAGGAUAAAUAUGAUGAGGACAGAAGCUUACUAGAUUUGCUGCAAAAGGAAUGCAUGACAGAAGGCUUGUCUGAUAGCAGACAGGAAAUCAACGAGGAUGGAACAGGAAGUAUUAGUUUGAACUCUUCAAUGUCCUCACAGAUGUCAGAAGAAUUUGGAGGCCUUGAAAACUAUGACAGUGUGAGCAACCUUCCAAAUCUUAUGUCUUACCUCCUGAACAUCCACUUAAGAGAGGGCCGCAAUCUGGUCAUCAGGGAUCGCUCAGGUACCAGUGAUCCUUAUGUAAAGUUCAAACUGAAUAAGAAGACCUUAUACAAAAGCAAAGUCAUUUAUAAAAACCUGAAUCCAGUGUGGGAUGAGACAUUUGUGUUGCCAAUCCAAAAUCUAGAGCAGAAGCUGCAAAUCAAGGUUUAUGAUCGCGACUUAACAACUGAUGACUUUAUGGGAUCUGCAUUUCUGGAUCUGCAAGAGCUUGAACUCAACAAGACUACAGAAAAAGUGUUUCGGUUGGAAGAUCCUAAUAGCUUAGAGCAAGACAUGGGUGUGAUUGUGGCAGAUAUCAGUCUGUCCAUCAGGUUGAGGGACUCGAAGAAUAAUAGAUGGGCAUCACGGAAAAGGCUUGGUGUUUCCAAGGCCACAUCCAUGCAAUCCCUGCAGCUGUCGGAGUCCCUGAGAAAGAACCAGCUCUGGAAUGGAACGGUCAGCAUCACGUUACUGGAGGGCAUUAAUCUUCCUGAUGGCUGUGCUUUUGAUACCUUUGUACGGUUUAAGCUUGGAGAUCAGAAGUACAAAAGUAAGACAUCAUGCAAAAGUACAAAUCCUCAGUGGAGGGAACGCUUUGAAUUUCAUUACUUCUCUGACAAGAUGGGUGUAUUGGAUAUUGAAGUAUGGGGGAAAGAUAGCCGCAAACAUGAUGACCUGUUGGGAAUGUGUAAAGUGGAUAUUGCUGGGCUGCCCACUGAGCACAUCAAUCGUCUGGAAGUGCCUCUGGAGAGUAACCAAGGCUCCAUACACCUGAUCAUUGUACUGACGCCAUGCUCAGGUGUCUCCAUCUCGGACCUUUGUGUAUGUCCGCUGGCAGACCCAGGGGAACGGGGGCAAAUGCGAGAAAGAUAUUGUUUGAAAAACUCAUUAAAAAACUUGAAAGACAUUGGGUUCCUUCAAGUCAAGGUUUUAAAAGCAGAAGACCUCCUUGCAGCAGAUUUCUCAGGAAAAAGUGACCCUUUCUGUGUUUUGGAAGUGGGGAACGAUCACUUGCAGACCCAUACAGUAUAUAAAAACCUCAACCCGGAAUGGAAUAAAGUCUUCACUUUCCCAAUUAAAGAUCUUCAUGAUUCUUUGGAGGUAACAGUGUUUGAUGAAGAUGGAGAUAAGCCUCCUGACUUCCUUGGAAAAGUUGCAAUCCCUUUGCUCUCUGUAAGAAAUGGACAUCAAGUGGCUUAUUUGUUGAAGAACAAAGACUUAUCCAGUGCCUCAAAAGGAAUUAUUCAUCUAGAAAUCGAUUUCAUUUUUAAUCCAGUUAGAGCAAGUAUAAGAACAUUUAAUCCCAAAGAAAAACGCUUUGUGGAAGAUAACCCAAAGUUUUCAAAAAAGAUCUUAUCAAGGAAUGUUUACCGUGUUAAAAAAAUCACUAUGGCAAUCUGGAACACAAUGCGUUUCAUUAAGAGCUGCUUUCAGUGGGAGUCUACGAAACGAAGUUUAAUAGCAUUUUUGAUAUUUGUUGUGACCCUCUGGAAUCUGGAGCUUUACAUGAUACCUUUGUUUCUUCUCCUUCUCUUCGUGUACAACUUCACCAUGAUCACGACUGGGAAGGUCAGCACUCAGGACAACCUGGAUGGGAUGGAUAUUGGAGAAGAUGAUGAGGAUGAUGAAAAAGAGUCUGAGAAAAAGAGUAUCAGGGACCGGAUCCAAAUGGUACAAGACAUAGUUAUUACAGUGCAAAAUGUUUUAGAAGAAAUUGCUUGCUUUGGAGAGAGAAUAAAAAAUACAUUUAAUUGGAGCGUCCCGUUUCUCUCUUUACUCGCCUGUUCCAUACUUUUGGUUGCAACUGUUAUUCUGUAUUUUAUUCCAUUAAGGUACAUCAUUCUCAUCUGGGGCAUCAAUAAAUUUACAAAGAAGCUUCGGAACCCAUAUGCCAUCGAAAAUAAUGAGUUUCUAGAUUUUCUCUCCAGGGUACCAUCUGAUGUUCAAAAGGUGCAGCAUGCCGAGCUCAAACCGAACAGCAACCAAGGUGCCCUAAGGAAGAAGAGAAGCGGCUUGUAACCCAGGAAUACAUUCUUAAGCUUCUCUUGGUUUAUCUGGGUAAAAUUCUGCACUAGUCUAUGUCACAAGUCUGGGACUUGAAUGAUACCAAAGGAUGGGAUCCUAGGGGGCGGGUUUUCCCCCAUAAUCUUUACAAAACUUGGUUCUAAAACAUGCAGGUUUACUGACUGGAUUCAUUUAAACCUCAUCCAUGAUGAAAAAAGAAGUACAUUUUUUGUCUGUUUCUAUGUGUCUUCUGGCUCGGAAAGGGAAACAAUGGUUUACUAUAAUGUUAGACAAUUCAUGACAAAAGGCCCGAAAACACUGUGUGCUUAUUUCUCCAUGUCUCCCCAAAAUAUCCAUGCUUUCCUGAGUAACUGCCCAGUGUUUUUUUUACGUGAUGUAACGUCUCCUUUAGCUGCACAAUUAUGGUUUCAGCUAACAAAGGUUAUUCUUUAAAAAAUGAAAUGUACAAUUUUCAAAUAUACUUCAUGUAUCAAUUCUUUAUAGUUACCAAUAUCUUUGCUUGCAGUUAUUCAUAAGGAAUCAUCAUUGUUUACUUGCAAUGGAUAAAAGUCUGCCUUUUUUCAUGGGAUGGGCAUACAGCUGCAUGGCUUGUUACAGUGCCAAUAUCACCUAUAUCUACUGUAUGACUUUUUGUCAAAAUAUACAAAAAAAUGCUCUUUAUUUGCUGAGUGGAAUACCUAAAAAUAAUAAUUUGCACCUUACUGCCAAAUUGUACAUAGUAAUAUGAAAUAGAUAAUUUAUAUAAUCUAUUUUUACAUCUUUGCUGAACACUACAAAAAUCUAAUGAAGAGAUUUCAAUCACUAGGCCGAUGUUCUGCCAUGGUUGAACUUUUACUGGCUUUUCUCUUAGAAGGAUGCCCAAACAUAGAGUCCGAGGCAAAGCCAAUCAACGCUGUUUUAGAAAUAUAUUACAUUUUAACUUUCAUGCCGUUUAUAUUUUAAUGACAUUUUAUUUGAAGGGUUUAUAAGACUUUCAAAGAGAGAUUCAUUAAUUGAGGGUAGUGAUGUGCGUGCCAAAAGAUUCUGUACUCUUUUUUUGUAUGUCCAAAAUGUCCAAAAAUCUCCUAUCCGCUUUGUAUUUAGUGUCUGUAAGGUAUAUUGGUCUCAUUAGUUUGGCCAGUAUUUUGGGAUCUAUUAACAUACAUAUUUCAGAAUCAUUUUUAUGUUUGUCAUGUAUGGGGGAGUUUUGUUAUAUUUCUAUGGUGUUGCACAAUUCAGGUACGUUCUAUCAGUUAAUGUUCUACAAAUGUUUGUGAUGUCAUCUUGCGUGCUAAUAAUGUAUAUACCGGUGUGUGUGUGUGUGUAUAUAUAUAUAUUCUAGUUUUACUAUGUACAUUUAUAUAUAGCAAAUUGCGACAUUUCAGAUUUUAUUUUCUAUUAAAGUUGAGAAAAACGUAAUAUUACAUUCAUAUUGAUUUACUGGACAUUGGCUGCUUGUAUAGUUUGUCUAAGUGACAGUUAAUCAGUCAUGAAAUGGGAACCUUUCAAUAAUUUGUUAAAAAAAAGCUCUUUUAAAUGUAUAAAUUUUUCUGGUUAGGACUGUAUUUUUCUAAGAAAUAA